ACCACUUGUUGAAUCAUGAACAUGAGUUGCAUGUAGUCUUUUGUUUGGCGCAUCAAUUGUUCUCCACUGCUCAUUCUGUUUCAUUCGUUCUCUUCUCAUUCGCUUUGGGUCCAGCGGCUUGACCGCUCCCUUCUUCCACGAUGAGGUCUAUCGCACUUCGUCUGUUUGCGUUUGUAGCCCUGAUUGUUCUGGCCGCGGCUUGGACUAAAGAAGAUUAUGAAAUCUUCCGUAUCAAUGACGAACUCGCCGCUGCAGAAGGUCCCAAUGUGACAUUCUACGAUUUUCUCGGCGCCAAACCCAACGCCAACCAAGAUGAAUUGAGCAAGGCCUACCGUCAGAAGUCCCGACUUCUGCAUCCCGAUAAAGUCAAGCGGUCCUUCAUCGCCAACAGCUCCAAGGACAAGUCUCGCUCCAAGUCCUCCAAGUCCGGUGUCCAUGUCAACAAUGGUCCUUCGAAGCGCGAAAUCGCCGCGGCCGUGAAGGAGGCUCAUGAGCGCUCCGCUCGCCUCAACACCGUCGCCAAUAUCCUCCGUGGCCCGGGUCGCGAGCGCUACGACCAUUUCCUGAAGAAUGGUUUCCCCAAGUGGAAGGGAACUGGUUACUACUAUUCGCGAUUCCGUCCUGGUCUGGGAUCCGUGCUUAUUGGCUUGUUUCUGGUCUUUGGUGGUGGUGCGCACUACGCUGCUUUGGUGCUGGGCUGGAAGCGCCAGCGGGAAUUCGUCGAUCGUUACAUCCGUCAGGCGAGAAGAGCUGCCUGGGGUGAUGAGUCUGGUGUCCGGGGUAUCCCCGGUCUUGAUGGUGCCUCAGCUCCUGCCCCAACUCCGGCUCCGGCUCCGGAGCCCGAACAGAGUGCUAUGCCUAUGAACCGUCGCCAAAAGCGCAUGAUGGACAGGGAGAACCGCAAGGAGGGCAAGAAAGGUGGCCGGGCGACAUCUCGGAACUCUGGAACGGCCACGCCCACUUCCGAGCCUCAGACGGAGCCCACUGGGGAGCGGAAGAAGGUGAUUGCUGAGAAUGGGAAGGUACUGAUUGUCGACUCUCUUGGAAAUGUGUUCCUGGAGGAGGAAACAGAAGAUGGCGAGCGUCAGGAAUUCUUGCUCGACGUCGAUGAGAUUCAGCGUCCGACAAUUCGUGACACGAUGGUCUUCCGCUUGCCGGGCUGGGUUUACUCUAAGACGGUUGGCAGGUUGCUCACUUCAAAUGCCGUGGAUAGCGGUGAUGAGUCAGAGGAGGAGCUUUCCGAAGUCGUGGAGGAGUCGACUGAAGGCACCGCCAGCUCUGCGAGACCUUCCAAGGCAAGGAGGCGGGGAAAGCGGUCUCAGAGAUCGUAAAGAAUCCGACAUAGAUAGCGAAACCCGCUUACUUGGUAAGCGGUAUUCUCUGUGGUUCGAUGCUUUUCCCCUCAAAAAGCUUACGAACAAUUCUUGCCAUUGCAUGUGUACAAAUAGUGUUUGGUGUCUAAAAAAAUAUUUUUGAAGGCCAGAAGGCCGUGGGGACGUUUCAUUGGAAU